AUUAAUAUAUUGAUUUUUAUUUGAGGAAAAAAAUUGAGUGUGCCAUGGAUUCGAAACGCUUGAAAGGAAAAAUAGGAAUAGUAACCGGAUCAACAUAUGGAAUUGGUUAUGCGAUUGCCGAAAAACUAGCAAUAGAAGGAGCAACAGUAAUUGUGUGCAGCAGGCAAAAGAAACACGUUGAUGAAGCAGUAAGCAAGCUUCGCGAGAAAAAUUAUAAUGCUUUUGGUGUAGUAUGUCACGUGUCUAAUGCAGAUGAUAGAAAACAUUUAUUCGAGGCAGCAAAGAAGUUAGGAGGUCUCGACAUACUGGUUCAAAAUGUAGGAGUCAAUCCUGCUCCUCUUACAAAAGUGUUUGAUUGUGUAGACGAAGCAUGGGAUAAAAUAUUCGACGUAAACGUCAAGACAUCGUUUCUUCUCUCGAAGGAGGCAAUACCAUUAUUGAAGCAGAGCAAUGCUGGCCGGAUAAUCUACAUAUCAAGUCAAGCAGCAUUUCACCAAUUUGCUAAAUUGGGUGCUUAUGGAGUGAGCAAAGUAGCACUAUUGGGGUUGACGAAAUAUGGUUCACUUCAUCUGGCAGAAUUUAACAUAACUGUUAACUGUGUAGCCCCGGGGUUGAUCGAUACCCGAUUUGUAAAGACUAUAAAGGAAGACCCAGAAUUUCAAUUCUUACUCAAAUACACGAAGCUGAUUCCUCUUGGAAGACCUGGGCAUCCAAGAGAUGUUGCUGGUACUGUUGCAUUUCUAGCUUCAGAUGACGCAUCAUACAUUACCGGAGAAACAAUCAUCGUUGGUGGAGGAGCCCUGUCAAGAUUAUAAUGUAUAUAUUUGAAAAAUGUACAUGAAUUAAUAGUAACUGGGUUGAAUCGUAUAAAAACUGAGAGUUCAAA